AUGAUGAACAAGAACGAAGGUAACAACAAUGAUUCAUCAUCGGAAUUGAAAAAUACAUCCAAAGAGGAAGCUUCUUCACCAUUUGAAUACUAUGAAAUAUUAAGAGGAAAUAUUGACAAUGAAUUUAAGAGACCGAAAUUAAUGCUUCCUCUGGCAUGGAAUAAACUCAAACCUCCUUCAGAAAUAUUCGAAAAAGAGAUUAACAAAUUUGGAAGUACAGUCAGCAUGUAUAAAAAGGGAGAAAAUGAAAAUUUAAAACAAAUUUCAGUGGAUUUUGAUUAUUUGAAUGCAUUGUCGGAAAUGCCAAACAUUGAACCAAUCAAAAGAUUGACAAAGCAUUAUCCCAAUGCUUCUAGCGGAUCUAAUUCAGAGUAUCUAUUUCAUUGGAUGGACUUUAGAGAGGAACAUAAUCAAAUACCAUUAAUGAAUUCUGUGAUGGAUGUGGACGUUUUACGAGAUUUAAAUGUUCCACUAAUAUUUAGUAGUAACAAAGAUCCAUCAUCAAAAUUGCUUAAACUUCUAGUUGAAAAAAGAAAAGAAUUUGUGGAGAAAUCUAAAAGUCAUGAGGAACCUUUUCAAAAUUCUAGAAUUCCUACAUUACCUCAAGGGCCCAUUUUGCAAAAAGAUGAACCCGUGCAGCCAUCAAUAGCAGCUCUUACCUCUCCAACAAUGCAUCAACCUCAGAAACCAAUGAUGAAUACCGUCACGAGUUUUUCUCGAAUAGAUGAACAAAGUGAAGGAUCUGAAAGUGAGGAAGAAACAAAAAUGUAUAUUAUGGAAGAUGAUCAUUUAGAAAUGGGAGGUUUUGAUCAGCCAAUGUCACAUGAAACAGAGCCUAUAGAACACGUUCAGACACCUCUUCAACAAGUCAAAAUGCCCCAAAUUGAUGCUCAUGGUUCAGAGAGAAACGAAGAAAGCACAAAAUCAAUCUCCUCUCUUGCUUCUGUUCAGUCCGUAAGUCCAUCAACAACAUCGACAAUUGCUCUAUCAACCUCAAGCGGCAACACUCCUGUGACACAAGUUGUAGAAACAAAGAAAAAAUGUAAAAGGUCUAAGAAGAAGAAAACAGAUGAAACUCAACUGAAGAGACAAGCCAGUUCAAAACCAACACCCAAUCCAUUAGAUCAUCUUGGAAAAUACUCCUGCUUAACUCAAGAGGAUGUUGCCUUCUAUUUGAAGGGCUUGAAGCAAUUUAAAGCAUUUCAAAAGCAAACAGCUCUGUCAAAUGCUCUUCCUCCUCCACCCCCAUUGUUUUUCAAACUUAAAAAGAUGAUUGAAGAAGAACAAGCAAUCUAUCGAAAAUAUUUAUUUGACGAUGCAUGGAAUAAUAGACUUGUAAGAUAUUUUCACACUGACCCAUACAUCAUGGAACAAGUUGAGAAAAUGAAACAAAGGAAGAAGCUUGAUCGAUUAGUUCCUACAAGCGCCACUUCCAAUUUUCAUGAUAUGAAACAUAUUCUUCCAAGACAUUUCGAACUUAUGAAAUCCAUGAACCUCUUUAAUUUGCAAAAAACUAAGAUGUUAGUUUCUCCUACCCUUGGAGGAAGCACGAUGCCAAACGUUGCGGAUCCAAUUCUGAAAUUUUCCAAGAGUAUCUAUCAAACUACUGACAAAUACUUCACCUAUCACAGAAAUACUCUUAUUUAUCAACAGGAAAGUGCAGAGCAAAUAGAAGUUGACUCUACAGCCUCUGAUGAAGCAUCUACAUCUACAACAACUGCGAAGAUUGUCAGGUUACCAAAACUUCCAAUCAGCACUAACAUUUACAAAGUGGAUGAUCCAUCUUUGAAUCCCAUUGCAGGUGACACCUCAUCCGAACAAGUCAUAGAUCAAUCUACAGCUUCAGUCUAUGACCCUCUCAAGCAUUUACACAAAUCUAAAUCUUCCAUGAAUGUGUAUUUACACCGCAAUUUACCUCAAGUGACGGAUGACACUAUUAUUAACGACGUUAUUUUACCUCAGUUCCCAGAAAUUGACUUUGUUUGUGCCAGUAGUGCCAUGUCUGCACUUUUGAACACUUUAGGUCCAACCUUCUCAGAAGAGUGGUGUAUUCCAGUAAUAGCAAAACCUUAUUCAGGCCGUACAUCUAACAAUAGUUUAACGGAAAGUAGUGACAAAACAAAACAAAAGAAAUUCACCAUAUUUUUGGAGAAACCCUUAAUCAAAAAAGUGUGGACCCAAAGAGAUGUGAAUCAAUUGUAUUACAAGUACACUGUCAAAACGGUCUCUCUCAGAGGACCUCUCAUUCAUGUACCCUCAAAGACUGCAAUUCCUACUCUAAAGAUAGAUGAACAACCAGCAGAAAAUUACACACAAUUUGAAUUAAUGCAUCGUGAUGGAGAACCAAUUUCAUAUAAUUUAUUCACUCUUGGAAAUUUGAAAAUAUUAUUUCGAACAAAAAUAGAUGGAGCCUAUAAUGAUGUCAAGACAGAUCGAGCAACGGUUGUGAAAUUGAUCACAAAACUAGAAUAUCAAACAGAAAAAGGACUCGAACUUUCAACACAAAGCGAAUUGGCAAAAUGGUGGACCAAUGUCUUUUUGAGACCUGCUUCUGCCAUUAUUGUGAACCGAAUCGAUGUUGCACAAAAUCGAGUUUGUAGAACUGAAUUCAAACGAGUGAAAGAUGUGCUUCCAGAAGUAGAGGAUGAAGAGGAAGAAAAUGAAAGAUAUUGGUCUAACGUGUUGACAUCAAAUUUAUCAUUGAAUCCUGGAGUAGCUGGAGGAGGUGCAAAUUCUGGAUUUCAACCUCAAUUAUCCAUUCAGACUGUUUAUGGAGUAUUGACAGAAUUGAUGAAUCUCAUUUCCACUUUUCAAGAACACAAUUUACUCGAUUAUCGAUUUUUAAUUCAAAAGAUGGCCAAUGAACCCUAUAUUCACUUGUUGGUGGAACAUCGAAAAUCAUCUUCAAUUGAUUCCUUGAUACCAAGAUCUCAAAAGUUUUAUUACGAUCUUCACAUGGAUUAUGAGAAACAUGGAGGAGUGAAUGAUUUGAGCAAGAUGGAUUACAUUCCCUUGACAUGGAAAAGUAAAAAACAAAUUCCAUACACUUUUCCAAUACGACCAUCGUUGACAACGAUCAACCAAGAAAAACACAAACGAAAAAACAAGAACCAUCAUCGUAACGAACAAGUUUCCAAGAAAAUAAAGCAGUAA